AUGCUAAGACUUCAUGUAAUUGUCUGUGGGAUGCCCUGUGACCUUCGCUGUCAUGUAAGGGGUUCCACUAAAGCUGUCAGCUCAGUGUGUGAAAACAAUUCUGAGGACUGGAGUGUUUUUUCUAGUGAUAGAAGUGAAGCCCAAGUUGUUGGUUUAACUUCAGAUGUUGGAACUCUAAAUUUAUAUCAAGAUGUUCAGCAGGAACUUCAGAUGACAGUGAUGUUGAUGCUGAUAAGGCUGAUACUUCUAACAGUAGUGGUGAUUUUCCGAAUUCUCAUUGUGGCCAUUGUGGGUGAGACUGUGUAUGAGGAUGAACAGACUAUGUUUAUGUGUAAUACUCUACAACCAGGCUGCAACCAAGCAUGUUAUGACAAAGCCUUCCCCAUAUCCCACAUCAGAUAUUGGGUCUUCCAGAUUAUCCUGGUCUGUACUCCCAGCCUUUGCUUUAUUACUUACUCCGUUCAUCAGUCAGCAAAGCAGAGAGACAGACGGUACUCCUUCUUGUAUCCCCUGCUGGAAAAAGAUUGCAACCGUGAAAACAAAAAGGUGAAGAACAUCAACAGAACAAUAUCCCACAAUCAAGAAAGUUCUUCCAGGGAGGAGCCUGAGUGUUUUGAAGUAAAGGAGUUACCCAACACCCCUACUAAGACAAUUAAAACUGCUAAGUUUAAACGCCAGGAAGGGAUUUCCAGAUUUUACAUUAUCCAGGUGGUAUUUAGAAAUGCUCUCGAAAUUGGCUUCUUGGUAGGUCAAUACUUCCUAUAUGGGUUCAACGUUCCUGCCAUUUUUGAAUGUGACAGAUAUCCAUGCCUCAAAGAGGUAGAGUGUUAUGUAUCCAGGCCAACAGAAAAGACUGUGUUCCUGGUGUUUAUGUUUGCUGUUAGUGGGGUCUGUGUGCUCCUAAACCUGGCAGAACUCAACCACUUAGGGUGGAGAAAGAUCAAGACGGCUAUAAGGGGUGUGCAAGCACGCCGAAAGUCACUCUGUGACCUCAGAAAGAAGGACCUGGCAUCUUUGACCCAAGUACCUAACCUUGGAAGGACACAGUCAAGUGAAUCUGCAUAUGUUUAAGAUGAUUGUUACUUUUAUAUGUAUAUAUAAAACAGCUGAUGUACUGCAGUACUGGGUUUAAAAAUGUGCCAUCUUUUGAUGCCUGUAAGCCGUUUCUAGUUUACUGUCUUGCACUGACUGAAUGAGAGACUAUGAUUCUUAUGUGCUUAUAAUGUUGUUACUGUUACCAUCUGCAGUAUGACAUCUACCAAAGUCGAAAGGUGCUAAUCAUUCAGCCUGACAGAUACAAAAUUUAUGAAACCAACCUCUAGCAGUGAGGUGAUAUUGUAUCACAUAAAGGGUGCAAUGCACUAGUCCCUGGAAUAAAUAGUGUAUCUUCUCCAGUUUUAUUUCAGCUUUGUAAUUCAUUUAGGCAGAAGUUAUGCCACCUAUUUAAAUGUGCUCUAAAUGUGUUUUCUAUCAGAUUUGUGCUUAAAUCCACUAGUCAAAAAACAAGUAAUCUUACACUGUUUUGUUUUAAAUCCACUAGUCACAUUCUGCUUGCUUCUAUACACUGUCCUUGCUGUCAUUUUAUUUGCAAGACAUCCUGUUUUUCUUUAACCCCCUCCAUGCAACCUGCUCUCUCCUAUGGUAAAGGAGCUGUAAACAAAGCUUGCAUCAAGCUGAGACAUCAGCUCAUAAUGAGCUAUCUGUAACAUCAAAACAAGCAAGUGCUUCAAUCUUUCUACAAUCUAAGCUUUGGAAUGCACCAUCAUUGCAACUAAUGAUUCAGACUGUUAUCAGUACAGAUGUCUCAAAUAAUGCCUAAACUGUGGUACACAUAUCUCCAGUCUGCUAUAUAACAGUAGCAUUAAAACAGAAAUACUGUUUAGUGGCACACCUCUCAACUGUACAGAUUUUCGCAGAUGUCCAGAUUUU